AUGCAGUCGCCGCUGGCGGAGCUGAAACUCCCUCUCCGUCUCCGCCUCCUGCCCGACCGACCCGACUCGCGCACCGACCACCUGCCGCUCAUGCAGUCCUGGUGGCCCACCGUCGCCAUUUCCCUCCUCUACGUCGUCGUCGUCUGGGCCUGGCGCAACCGUCUCCUCGACGGCCGCAUCAGCCCGGCCCGACGCAGACGCGGCGCUGCUGUUGGCGUCGGUGCUGGCGUCGGAGGCGCAGGGGGCCAGAGCAUGCUCCCCAUUGUGGGCUACAACGCCGCGAUGGUUGUCUACAACGCCUACGUUCUGAAGGAGUGUAUCUUCGUCGCGCAUCGACUUGGCUACGGCCUCAAAUGCACCGACUACACCUACACCGAUUCGCCCGACUUCCGACGACUCAUUCAGCUCGGCUGGUUCUUCUAUUUCUCCAAAAUCAUCGAAUUCUCCGACACCGCCUUCUUCCUCUGGCGCGGCAAAGUGGACCAGGUCACCUUUCUCCACGUCUUCCAUCACGCCAACAUGCCGCCCGCCAUUUGGCUCGGCCUCCGCUACCUCCCGGGUAUGCUCUUCCUCUCCAUCCCCAUCCGUCCACCGCCAUUUGAGUCAUGGCAACCCGAGGGCUGGUCGAUAUGGCCUGGCUCUCGUCAAAAUCUGCAAGAGAGUUGA